AUGAAAAAUGAGACCGAUUGGCUGGCAUUGCUCGCAUUCAAAGACGGUAUUUCGGAAGAUCCUCUUGGAGUGUUGAGCUCAUGGAACAAUUCUCUCCGUUUCUGUCAAUGGGUGAGAGCCACCUGCAGUCGCCGCCAGCAUCAAAGGGUCACGAGCUUGAACCUCACGGACCACAGCUUGGUGGGCUACUUAUCACCUCACAUUGGAAAUCUCUCUUUCCUGAGAAGAAUCGAUCUCUCCACCAACAAAUUCAAAGGCGAAAUCCCUCAAGAAAUCGGCCGCUUGUUCCGGCAUCAGGUUCUCAACCUGACUGAAAAUUCAUUCCAAGGAGAAAUUCCAUCCAAUCUGAGCCACUGCUCAGAACUAAUCAUUAGCAUUGCACGGAAUCAGCUAGUCGGAGAACUUCCCCCCGAGCUUGGCUCUUUGUCAAAGCUCAUUUUUCUUUCUGCCAUGUUCAAUGAUCUCAGUGGAAGCAUCCCACCUUUGUUGGGGAACCUUUCCUCUCUCACCACUCUUUUUCUUCGAGGAGCAAACCAAUUCACGGGAGCGUUGCCAAUUUCAUUGUCCAAUGCUAUAAGUCUUGAAUUUGUUGAUUUUAGCUCCAACAGUUUUAGUGGACAUGUGCCUUUGAAUCUAGGAAGUCUUUCGCGUCUCUACCAUUUCAAUAUCGAGAAAAAUCAGCUUGGAAACAGAGAAGGUGAUGACCUGAGCUUCCUCACUUCACUGACCAACUGCACCAAUUUAAAAGUCAUAUCUGCUUCUGUUAAUAAUCUCUAUGGUGAGUUGCCUGGCUCGAUUGCUAAUCUCUGGAGACAGCUAAACUUACUGGUUUUGGGAAGAAACAAGAUAUUUGGAAUCAUUCCCAAGGGAAUUGAGAAUCUCAUCAGCUUGUAUGGUCUGGGUCUGCAAGUGAACUCCUUGAAGGGUACUCUUCCAGAUUCUUUUGGGAAGCUUAACAAGUUGCAAGCCUUGAGUCUGUAUGGAAAUAAAUUUUCAGGCCAAAUCCCACCUUCAAUCGGCAACAUCACUCAAUUGAGCAAUCUCUACUUGGAUGUAAAUGAUUUCCAUGGAAGCAUACCAUUGAGUUUGGAAAUUUGGGAUUUAUGGAACAAUUUUUCAUUUCUGAAAAUAAACUCAAUGGUACCAUACUCAAACGAGUCAGCGCAGCUCAAAUCAACCUGCCUCAUAACUCAUUCACUGGGUCUCUCCUGCUGGAAGUAG